UAUUAUCUCUGCCAAAACCCCCAACCGAAUCAAACCUCUCAAUUCCCAUGGACGACUCGCCCCCGCAGAAAUCUCCGGCGACGCCGAAGCGGCGGACCAGCCGGAGACUGGUGCAGUCGACGCUCUUCCCCGUCAAGCCGCCGGAGCCGGUGGAGAACGGCGAUCUGAAGAGCGAGGAGAAGAACGAGCAGGAUGAGGAGGUCGGCGGGAGCCAGAGCAAGCGGAAGAGGAAGCCGGCGGCGGCGGCGAAGAAGACGCCUCCGGUUAAAGCUCCUAAGAAGAGCGGUAAGCGAUCGGCGAAUAGUACACCGACGAAGAAGAACGGGAAAGAUGUGCUGGUGGAAGACGGGCCUCUGAUUAUGCCUGAUUUGAGAUUGGAGGCUAAAUUGAGAGGCGCGGAAAUCUCACGGAUAUGGACGAAGGAGGGGAGGCAGAUACAUCCCUUUUUUGCGUGUUCGAAAGCUGCCAAGAAAAGUCAGGAGGUGAUUGAAGUUGAGGGCAGUUCUAGCUUUAUUGGGAGUAAGGAGACAUAUAUUACUUGUGGUCCAAUUCAUGUCUUUGAAAACACUCAGGACGAUGCUGUGUUUCUUGAUUGGAGAAAUUGGACAUUUUGUGAGGAAACCAGUCCGACUAGUAGUCUUCAUCUUGAAUGCACGCCCUCAAUCCUCAAUGGCUCUGCAGAGUGCUUAAGUUCUAAUAAGGUGUCUAGUGUUUCCCAACCCUGCAUAGUAUCAACUUUUCAAGACACAGCAUCUUUAGAUCAGAGACGUAUUCAACAGGAAUGUGCUCAUGAAACAUCAUCCGAGCAAGUGAGGUGUUAUGAGCACUCAAAGGAAGUAGGGGAUUGUGAGGUUGAAAUAAUUUAUGAGCAUACUGGUUGCAUGAAGAAGUCAGAGAUUGAGCAGCAGAAUACAUUUCUUGAGGAAAGGCCGGUGUCAAGCAAUCUUGGUUGCUGUGAUCAAUAUGAGAAUAGCUUAUGGACAUAUAAGUACCAGCCAAAGAAUUCUACAGAGGUAUGUGGUAAUAAUGAAUCUGUGAAGUUUCUGAGUGAGUGGCUACGUUCGUGGUAUGAACUAGAUCCUCAAACCAGUGAAGAUGGCGACAUGCAAAGCAUUGAUUAUAAUUGCACUCAAAGUGACUCAGAGAGUGAAGAUGAUGAGGUCUUGAAGAUAAAGAAUGUUCUAUUAGUUACAGGGCCAAUUGGGAGUGGAAAGUCUGCAGCUAUAUAUGCAUGUGCAAAAGAGCAAGGAAUUAAGGUUUUGGAGCUCAGUGCAUCAGAGUGUCGGAGUGGAUCCCAAGUAAACAAGAGGUUUGGAGAGGCUUUCAAAUCUCGCAAAUUUCAAAGGUCAGUGGCCAAGACCGUUGGCUCACAGAACAAGCUUAUUAUGAAGUCUCGCUUUCUUGGGGCUAAUGGUAUGACAGGGCAAGACUUGGAUGAUGAUGAUGUUGUUGAACUGAUACCCAUAUCAGAUGAAGAAUGUCAGGAUGCUACUGGAAGUUCUAUAACAUGUGCCUUCAAGGAAGAGUGUUCUAAAGAUAAACUUGUUAUACUUUUUGAGGAUGUGGACAUUACUUUUGAAGAUCGUGGUUUUAUUUCUGCAGUACAACAGAUAGCUAAAACUGCGAAUGGGCCCAUAAUAUUGACUAGCAAUAGUCCAAAACCUGAGCUGCCAGAUAGUUUUGAUAGAUUACAAGUGCAUUUCAUGUUGCCAUCAUCAGCAGAGCUGUAUUCCCAUGCACGUAUGGUUUGCGCUUCAGAGAAAACCAGCAUACAGCCAGACUUACUUGAGCGGUUUAUUGAAUGUUGUGGAGGAGAUAUUCGGAAAGUUAUUAUGCAUCUUCAGUUCUGGUGCCAAGGUAGAAGUUUUAGGAAAGAUACAAAAAUGAUGCGAGAGACAUAUGACUUAUUGCUAUUUGAUGUUGACACUGGUCAUCAGAUGCUGCCAAAAUUAUUACCCUGGGAUUUACCUUCUCAAUUAUCUGAUUUAGUAGAGAAAGAGAUAACCAAAUCAUUAUCCAUGAUGGAAGAAGAUUCAAUGGAGGUAGAUGACAAUACAGAAGUGCAUUGUAGUUUGAACAUGGCUUAUAGUGAAAUGGAAAAUAUAGAGGCCAAGAAGGUAGCGAUGCUGAGCAGGAACGGGGAUACUCCUGACUGCAGUGAGUUUAUCACAACUGAUACUGCUACCGACUUUUCUAAUGAUUCAGGUACUUCAUUUCCUUUCCCCCGGCGAAAUGUUCGGAGGAUGCAUGGUGUUGUAUUAUCUUCUGAUUCUGAAGAUGACUCUAUGAAGAAUGGAAAAGCUACAGUUACAGAUAGAGAUUCUAACCAUGAAGUUUCUGGAGUUGAUUCAUUAUCAGAGAUGCUACUUUUUCCCGGAGUGAUGAAUAUAGAUAGAGGACUUUAUGACUGUUUAAUAGCAGAUGAAUUUAACACAAGUGAAAUGUGCAACGUCGCAGAUAUAUCACGUGUGCCAGAAUCGUCUUUUGUUCCAGAAACUCAAAUGGAUAGUGAAACAGAUUUCUUGUCUCAAACAAUGUCUUCUGGUCACUUUGUUAGCUCUAUAAACAAAGUAUUUUUGGGCGAUGAAUUACCUGUUGAAGACCGGUAUGCAACAGAUUUGUUAUCACAAACAGUGUCUUCUGGCCAUUUUGCUAACACGAUGAAUGAAGUACAUUUUGAAGUACUGCCAGUUGAAGACAAAAAUCCUGCUCAAUGUAAAUCAGAAUCUCAGAUAAAUUUUGACAAGAUGGGAAAUAAUUGUGAUGCGAUUCCGGAAUAUUCACAUCAGGAGUUGGAAGAUUCUCAAAGUGAACAUGUGGAGACUGAAAAAGCUUAUCAAUUGAUGGAUGAGUGCAGCCGCGUGGAUUUUAAUAAUCAGUUUCAGUUUAUACAGGAGCAAAAAACCUUGGCAGUCAGUGAUCUUGUACAAGAUUCAUGGAACAAACUUCGUGGACAGCGUAAUGAUCUAAGGCAGUAUGUUGCAUCAGAACAAAGGGCUUCUCAGAUUGUUACGCUUGCUUAUAGAAUGAGUGAUAUGAUAUCAGAAACUGACAUCAUGUUUUCUAAAUGCAAACCACUCAUGAAUGAUUUUGUGGAACCAUCAAAGAUCUCGGUGGAGUCAGAUUCAUUCAGCUGGUGUGAUGAGCAGUUGCUAUUGGCAUCCACAAUUGCCCAUCAUGGAUUUUGCUUCUACGCAAAGGGCAUUUCUUCAGUAGGAUCAAACGUUGGUUGUACGAGGGUGGAUGUGGAUAUAGCCUCAGAGAUGUUGGCUAACACAAAUAAUAUGAUGGCCUUAGGUCAGUUGGUUGGACAAGGUAUGAGAACAAUUAAGAUAUCGUAUGCUGGAAGGAAUACAGAGAUUCAUCAGCCAAAAGUAAUAACAAGUGAAAUCAAGUCACGCGUGUUUGAUGCGGUCCAGUCAAUUGUUCCUUCCAAAUUCAAGUCGACAUUGAGAGGCAGUGCAUACAUCGAGUAUCUUUCCUCACUUCGUCACAUUUCAAGAUCAGAAGCUUCUCGUUUGUCAAAGGGUGUCGAGAACACCACAAGAAGAAGAAGGAAAAGGGUUGCUCCACACUACCUGAGCAGUGGCGCAAGAAUGUUGUCUCCUGAACAGUUAUCAUUGCUAGAUCAGUAUAACUUAUGUGGGAAGACCACCACCUCUUCUAUGUAACUCCAUAGAUUUCCUCAGAUAGAAAACUAACCUAAUGAUAGAGUAAAUUCUGAUCCUCAAUAAGAUAGUGUGGUUCAAUAAGGCCGCUCUAGGAAAGAUCCCGAAAGGAAUCACUGUGAAGGCUUGAAUCUCAUUAACAGGAAAGGUGGCUACUGGUUCCUUCCCAUUUACCUCAUUGUAAAGCUUUGAGUGAUUGUAUUUCAUCACUUUCUGGGCUCCUAGGUAUCCUUUCUGAUAAUAUGUUAAAUAAGAAUAGAAGAGUUUAAACAGGCGUCUAAAUUUGGGCAUUAGAUCGCCUUAGGGGGAAAGCUUUGUUUUAACUUUUAACGGCAGUAAAAUUGAGACUUGAGAUUGCAUUGGCAAG